CUGCUAUUUAGUAGAGAGGACGAAGGCCAAGACGACCAUUAUACAUUAAUUUGUACAUGAACUAUAAUGGUAUAAGUUAACAAUUUAAUUUGUCCUAGAGUACCUUCGAAGAAAAUGGUAUCGCCAGGCGUAUCCAGAGAACCUGAGAGAACGAGUAAUCAGUGCAGUAAUUUUUGUUAAUGAAUGUCAACUCAUUACCGAUUCAAAAACUUAGUAACUGAAUUUAUAUAAUUAAUUUUUUGUUCCCAGAGUCUGAGAGAGUAAGCUACUGCUGAUCCUGUCUUUUUGACUGAUGUAAAUCAAUAAUGGACCAAGAACCAAUAGAACAAGAUGUUGACAAUCAACGAAUCCAUUGACUUCAUAAACAGGAUACUGGAAAUUUCAAAUGUAGAGGAAAAGCUGAAGCAGAAUAGAUAUGAAUUACUCUGUAGCAUGAUGAAAACGUAUGUUAACUUGGAGCCUUUUCAGAACCUCAUUCUAUUGGCUACUAAAACAGAGGACCGUCAUUGUCCAACUUUUGAAGAAAUUCAAAGAGAUGUAUUCUCUAGGGUUGGUGGUCUUUGCUAUAAUCACAAUGUUUUCUUUAAGUAUCUUCUGGAUUCUCUAGGCUACCAAGCGCACUUUAUAUCCUGUGACAUCCGGUACCCUCGAAAUCAUAUUGCUAUUGUCGUGAAGGAAGUAAUCAGGCCUGGAGAUGUAUACUAUGUUGAUGUUGGGUGUGGCUAUCUUCUGGAACAGCCUAUAUCAAUGCAAUUUGAUGAAUGUUCUGACAUUUACCAUCAAGGAUUUUUCCAGUGUCAGUUUGUACGCAAAAAUGGAAUCGUACAGCGAAUUCAGACUGUUACAAAAUUUCGACCAGUGUUACCAAAUGAAAUCAUUAGAGACAAAAAAUGGUAUGUUUUUUCAGAGAUGACUCUUGAUGCAAGAGAGUUAAGUUAUUUUGCUGAUUCCAUGGGAAAGGUUUUCACCGUCAAAGGGCCCCAAGCACUGUCUCCAUUUCUUGACAGCCUUCGAUUGGUCCACAAAAAUAAGGGAAAGUUUGUUGCUGUUAGAAACACAAGUUUUUUCUUUGAGAAUGACAAUGAUGAGUUAGUAGAAACAAAAAUGUUGUCAAAAAGUGAUGUUGUACAAUGUGUAGAAAAGUAUUUUCCACAGAUCUCUGGUGCAGCUGUUGCAGGUCUGGACAAUCUUGAGUUAGAAUUUGAUUGCAAGUGAGUGUAAUGAUCAUCAGUGGAUCCAGGAAUUUGAAAUUGAGGGGGUCCAGGCAGUGGCGGACUGCCAAGGUACAGUAUGCAGUGCGGACCCUGGCUAAAACAAAUUAAAAAAAAAUAUAGUAUAGUUUCUCAGUUUUAUUUAGCAUUUCUUAGUCAGAAUCUUCUAUUUUUCAAAUUGAUUGCUAUAGUUCAUUGGAAUAUCAAAGUUUUUCAAUGUUUGGCCUACUCGGUAUGUGCACAUGCUCUUCUUCUCACAAAUCGGGACCUCCACUGCCGAUCUGUAGGCCUAAUCUCAAUAAUUAAAGUUUAAAUAAAUCUGCAUACAUAUGACCGGUA